AUGAAUUUAUAUCUGUUAUAACAAUCGCAAAAUUACAGAUAAAAGAUUCACAAUAAGUUUAAAUCAAAAUAAUUUAUGGCUUAAACUAUCUUUAAAUUAGCUUCUUAGUAAAACAAAAAGAAUAAUAUAAAUUUGGCUACUCAGAAAUAAGUUUUGGGUAAACAAAAUCCAAAUAGAGAACAUCAGUUUCAAGUAAUGUUAGAUAAAUUUACAUUAGAUUUUCAAGGGAGUCCUUUGAAAUCUAUUGUAGUGCUAAAUUAAUCACCAAAUGUUGAAAUGAGAAAUGAGUUUAAUUCAUCCAAAUUUAUUAGUACCAUGAGAUCUAUGUCUCAAUUUAGGCAAUCGAUGCAGUAAUAGAAUUUCAACCCCAAAAAGAAAAUUAUGGUGCUGUGA